AAAGGAGCUGAACCCCCGAGAAGGAUGCUUGUCGGCGUGUGGGAUGCGGAGCGGGCGCCUGCCUCCCGCGGGGCAGACAGCCGGUGGCGGGCGGCUGCUGGGCGAGCUGUAAAAGACCCCACAGCUGUAGAAAGAGCAAAUUUGCUGAACAUGGCUAAAUUGAGUAUCAAAGGACUGAUUGAAUCAGCUUUGAGCUUUGGCCGUACUCUGGAUUCUGACUAUCCACCUUUGCAACAGUUCUUUGUCGUUAUGGAGCACUGCCUUAAACAUGGUCUUAAAGUAAGAAAAUCUUUUCUAAGUUACAAUAAAACAAUCUGGGGCCCACUGGAACUUGUGGAGAAGUUGUACCCAGAAGCUGAGGAGAUAGCAGCUAGUGUCAGAGAUUUACCUGGCCUCAAAACACCAUUGGGCCGUGCCCGGGCGUGGUUACGAUUGGCAUUAAUGCAAAAAAAAAUGGCUGAUUAUCUACGUUGUUUAAUCAUUCAAAGAGAUCUCCUCAGUGAAUUUUAUGAAUAUCAUGCACUGAUGAUGGAAGAAGAAGGAGCAGUUAUUGUUGGGCUCUUGGUUGGGUUAAAUGUGAUAGAUGCUAACCUGUGUGUAAAGGGAGAAGACUUAGAUUCACAAGUUGGUGUGAUUGAUUUCUCUAUGUAUUUAAAGAAUGAAGAUGAUAUUGGGAGUAAAGAAAGAAAUGUCCAGAUUGCUGCAAUUUUGGACCAAAAGAAUUAUGUAGAGGAACUGAACAGACAACUAAAUAGCACAGUCAGCAGCCUUCAUACAAGAGUUGAUUCAUUAGAGAAGUCAAACACUAAACUAAUUGAAGAGUUAGCAAUAGCAAAAAACAAUAUAAUUAAACUUCAGGAAGAAAAUCAUCAGUUAAGAAGUGAAAACACAAUUAUUUUAAUGAAAACACAGCAUCACCUAGAGGUAACCAAAGUGGAUGUUGAGGCAGAGCUUCAAACAUACAGACACUCCAGACAGGGUCUGGAUGAAAUGUACAAUGAAGCACGCAGACAACUUCGAGAAGAAUCACAGUUACGACAAGAUAUAGAGAAUGAGCUAAUGGUCCAAGUUAGUAUGAAACAUGAGAUAGAACUUGCAAUGAAGUUGUUGGAGAAAGACAUUCAUGAGAAACAAGACACCCUCAUAGGCCUUCGACAACAGCUAGAUGAAGUUAAAGCAAUUAACAUAGAAAUGUACCAAAAGCUGCAGGUUUCUGAAGAUGCCAUGAAAGAAAAGAAUGAAAUAAUUGGUCGACUAGAGGAUAAGACCAAUCAAAUUACUGCAACUAUGAAACAAUUGGAACAAAGUGACAAAGAUCUGUUAACUCAAACUAGGACUAUUGCAAUGUCAUUUGUGAAAUGUGCCAGCAGUGAAGCACAGCACCAAUACAAACUUGUCAAAGAUAUAUCAUUCUGAAAGCUACUUGGCUAUUGAUAGAGUAAAAUUUGUAUGAGUUGGUUUAAAAAAAUAUGGUUAUGAUCUUAAAUGGUAUUGGGAAAUCCUGUAUUAUAAUUGGUCAGUAAGCACUAGUGAUUUUGACACAAUGUCACAAGUUGGAACGACUUUGUUUUCCGAAAUGAAAUAAUCUCCAUCCCUUUCUCCCCUCCCCUCCCCUCCCAAAGAAUAAAAAAAAAUCACUGUAAUAUUAUUGACCAAUCAGAAACUAGAAUUUUCUAAUGCUAUUUAAUCAUUUUACUUUUUUUUAAUGUUAAAUACAAAGUUUAUUUUAAAAUGUUAGCUGCCUUUAUAUUUUUGAUUUCUCAUUGCCCUCACACUUACCUCCAGUUAUAGGGUUUUCCCUCACCCCUUAUUUAUGGCACUUAAAUAAAUAAAGAACCUCCCUUUCAAUUAAUAAAAACCCCCACAUUUUUAUUGUUGUUGCACUUUCAGUGCUUCUCUAUACCAGAAAACAUGUUGUCAACUCUUUUAACGUGGUUGCUGGUAUCAUCGCUUUCUUGAGUAGCGUAGACAGAAGUAUUUUUUCCUGAGAACUGGCUAAAACAGCUUAUAAAAAUGUUCCAUAUGUUCUGUCUGUACUUUACAAAAACAAAACCCAAAUCAUUUCUGUAUUUGUAGGACUCCCUUAUACACAGCUAAAAUACAGUUCAGUCUGCUAGCAUAGAGUAGAAUGUAAGAUGCUUUAACAGAGCUACUGUAUCAUGGAAACAACCGAGAUAUGAUUAGAACUAAAGACUAUAAAGCAAGAACGCCUUAUCUACGUAGAAAUCUUCAUAGCUGUAAUUCCCCCCAGUACAACUCCACCAGGGUAGCAAUAGUGUAAAGUGUAUUAUAGGCAGGACUCAGACAUUUAGGGGUAGAUCCUCAGAUGGUAUAUACAUUUUCAACUGAGGAUUUGCUCUUAUCUGAGUUGCUACCCUGGUGGAGCUGCACUGGAUAUAGCUAUAGAGUGUGCAAGCUGCUAGUGGAGAUACAGAUUCUAUAGAUGCUAGCAUGGUUCUCAGAAAAAAAAAUCCUUGUCCAUAUUAGUCUUGGAAAUUGUGCUACUGCAGUUUCAGCUGUAGUUUAGAGAGGGUCUUAGUGGUGUUUUUAGCUUUCCUGUUUCGUUUAGUCUUUCACCCUUCUCUGCCUUCUGGCAUAGCAGCAAGAAUUAGCCUUGCUGUGCACCAAUAUUCUCCCUUCUCCUAUCCAUCCACUUUGGCCCUAUUUGUAUUACAAUUACAAACACAUCAAGGAACUUCAUUACAACACAUUGUCUUGUAGAGUGGACCCUAACAGUUUUUCAUACCUAGGCCAAAUUCAGAUGCUUUAAAAUAACAUGGUUCAAGUCCAGUCUGUUGUCAUUUCUGCACUGGCAGUUCUUGGUAACUGUCCCACCAGUGCAGCUUCAUCAUUGGUAGCAUGAGUGUAGAUGGGGAACUGGAGCUUUUAUUAACAUGAAAUCUAAUUCUGCUGAGAUGUCUAGUAAUGCUGGUGCACUGUCUGCAUGAGCCCUCUCAUUGGUUGUCUGAUAGCACUGCAAUGGUAGGCACUUUCCCAAAGAUGGCCAGUGUAGAUGCAUACUACUUUAUAAAACAUUAGUAGGUGGGCUCCCUAACAUGGUUGUGUUUGUAGUGUAGACAGGGCCAGUAAGAAAGCUUUCAUUUAAUUUUACAUUUAACAAUGAUUAAACUGGGAGUUGUAUGUUACUCUACAUUCAGCUGACUGGGACGUGAUGAUUCAAGCCAAGCCUUGAGAGAAGAGCUCCUCAGUUUUCUCUGAACAAGACUUUGAGGGCUUGUGUACGCUACAGAUGCUACAGCAGCACAGCUAUGGUGCUGCAGCAAUGCUGUACUGUAGACACUUGCUACAGCGACAGAAGGGGUUUUCCAUCACUGUAGUUAAUCCACCUCCUUGAGAGGUGGUGUUCUUCUGUUGAACUAGUGGUGUCUAGACUGGGACGUAAGUUGGCUUCACAAUGUCUUUUGGGGGUGUGAUUUUUUUUCCACACCCCUCAGUGCAAUGUAACUAGGUCAACCUAAGUUUUAGGUGUAGACCAGGUCUGAGAAGGGAGAAAAGAGGCAAUUGUAAAAUGAGAUACCUCAAUUGGGAUGGGGCUCUGAAUGACAUUUUACUGGCUACUCUAAUCUUCCUUGUAUAUCCCAAUAAGACAGUUGAAUAUGGAGUAACAUACAAUUUUUGAGUUAGUGUUUACAUUUCAGUUAAAUUUAAACCCCAUAUUUUUUGGGCUGAAGAGAAGGUCAAACAGAGAUAAAUCUUGAUGCAUUGGUGAGGUAUGAGUGAGAGGAGAGGGCUAUCCAAAAAAGGAAUGCAAAAUCCCUUUCAAAUCAAAAGGAAAGAUCUUAAAUGAAAGCCUGACUUCUGUUAUUUAUUCAGUUUUAUUUGUUUUGUUUAUCAUAUGGAGCUAUUUUAAACUAUGAUUUUUAAUACACAUUAUUUAAAUGUAUUUAAUAAUGUUAUUUAUUAGUGGUUAUUCUGUAAGUAUAGUAAGAUGCUCCAGGGUGUGUUCUGCUGUCUUACUACAGCUGUGUUCUUGCUAUCUGAUUCCAGUGUUCCAUAUUCAGGCUCAUGUCUGAAUUCAAUCAAGCCAUUCCAGCACAACACACACUGUCUUAUUGAUUCAUUAGUAUAGACAAAGUAGUUACUGUACUUCUACAGUUCUUGUAAAAAUGCCUCCCACGAUAAAACAUAUAUGUACGCUCAAAGUUAGAGCAGUAAGAGAUAUAGAUCAAUUAUAAAAUCUGUAUGGUUAUGCUUUGAUGGCAUCUGUUAACGGUGAACAUAAAAUAAAAACAAAUUGGAAGACUUAA